GUUUCGAAGUCGACGCGGUUAGCCAACAAAAACGGUUGCGACGGAUUGUCGCCAACUAACAAACAACCGCACUAUCGUAGCGCUAUCUCACUAUCACCAAAUCUGCUCCUAUCAAAAUUCCUAAUUUCUUGGAUCUGCCAGUUAAGCAGAUACCGCUAUAAUCUUUCUAUUUUGAGGAUAAACAAAUCGCCGACGUUACUCAUACGCCCCGUUAACAGAGACACAAGCAAGCACCACAGACCCGCAAAAAGUAAAAGUAAUAAUUGCCGGGCAGAAAAAACAGUGCGAUAAUAACAAGCAAACGGGCGUCCAGAGACGUCGAAAAUAACACAAAAACACUAUAUCUAUAAAUACUUAAUAGAAACAGAAAAAAACCAGAAAUGGAUCACAAAGCAAUCGCAAGUCAAGUGCGAGGUGAGCUAAACCUACGCACAGCAUUCGAUCUACUAGACAGAAAUCGUGACGGCCGUGUCACCGCCAACGAGCUGCAGUUUAUGCUAAAGAACCUGGGCAUUAAUGUGCGUGAUGAAAUCAUACACGAUCUCAUACGUGAGGCCAGCCACUCAGGCAAUGGCUUAAUCAACGAGGCUGAGUUCCUGCAAUGGGUUGGCAGGAUCCAGGCCCUGCGGGACGAGCAGCAGCAACAUGAGGAGAGCGCCAGCAACAGCAAGCCGGCGGACGAGGCCGAUGAUGUCACCGAGGACUUGAUAGCCGCAUUUAGAGUAUUCGAUCGUGAUGGUAAUGGAUUUAUAACGCGCGACGAGCUGCAGACCGCCAUGGAGAUGAUUGGGGAGCCCUUGAACGAGGCGCAGCUGGAGCAGCUCCUGGCCAUCGCCGACUUGGACCAGGAUGGCCGCAUCAAUUACGAGGAAUUCACGAGACUUCUGCUCUAAGCAAUUUACGUCUGACAUGGAGACAUGGUCGAGACCACGAGCCCCAAAAAACAAUUGCAAGUGGAAUGCCAACCGAGUUACCCCUUCAGCAUAAUUGUUAAGCUAUUAAGAAUAUACUCAGACAUGCAGAAAAUAAUGAUGCAAUACAAGAGUUGCAGAAAAUAAUUGUGUAAAAUUUUAUACAAACCAAAAACAAGGAAAAAGAAUUAUUUAUACAAGGGUAUGAAGGAAAAUGUGCAAGGCAGGCCACACAGAUACACACCCAUACCAGCAAACAUUAUAAAGUUUUCGUUUCAUCAAACACCCAAAAGAACACACAAGCAUUUUCAUAUGUAAAUUAGUUUCAAAGUUUUGUCGAUUCUAAAAUGUAAAACAUUCAUUUUGUCUAUGAAUUAAGUUAAUUGCGGAAGCAAAGUUAAAUGGAAAAGUUAAGAGUUGUUUUUCUAUACGAUUGGCGAAGAAUUGUUUAACCAACACAGACACAUACACCUACACACACACACAUACAUAAACAAAAACAUAAACAUAUAAAUGCAUAUUCGGAUAAGUCUGAGCGCGUGAGUGAUAUUGUGUUUAGGGUGCUGCAAAAACAAAAGCAAGCAUAAAUAAUAAAAAUAUGUAGUCUUUGAUGGGAUAACGAUAUAAAGAUGAUGACAGCUUCCCUUACCAGGUCAUAUAUUUUAAAAACUGCAAUUUAUUUGCACAUUCUAGAAGCAAGAUUAUAACCUAUUCGUUAUAAUGAGCAAAUAAAUGUUUGUAAAAUACAUGGACCUGUUAGGGACUUAAUUUGUUAAAAUCCUGAUAUCCGAAUCUAAUUAAAGAUCAUCAGAUAUAUAUUCAUAUAUUUGUAUUUUAUUGUAGUUAUGCUGCUUUCAAUGUAUGCGUGUUUCAAUACCCCAAAAACAACAAAAAUUGUUUCAAAAUUGUUUAGGCUAAGAAAAUAAAUGUUAACAAUUUAUAUAAGAAAACCAAA